CUGCGCUGAGGCUGCUUCAGGGAGGAGGCGCGUUCGCUGCUGCAUGGAGCUGGUAGCUGGAUGCUACGAGCAGGUCCUUUUUGGGUUCGCUGUACACUUGGAGCCCAAGGCGAGCGGCGACCAGAAGCAGAAAUGGACUCCCGUGGCCGACUUCACUCACCAUGCCCACACUGCCUCCUUGUCAGCAGUGGCUGUCAGUGGCCGUUUUGUAGUCACUGGGAGCAAAGAUGAAACCAUUCACAUUUAUGACAUGAAAAAGAAGAUAGAUCACGGGGCUCUAGUGCAUCACAAUGGCACAAUAACUUGCCUGAAAUUCCACGGCAACAGGCACUUAAUCAGCGGGGCAGAGGACGGCCUCAUUUGUGUCUGGGAUGCAAAGAAAUGGGAGUGCCUGAAGUCGAUUAAAGCUCACAAAGGACAUGUGACCUUCCUUUCCAUUCACCCGUCUGGCAAGUUGGCCCUGUCUGUGGGUACAGAUAAGACAUUAAGAACAUGGAAUCUUGUGGAAGGAAGAUCGGCAUUCAUAAAAAACAUAAAACAAAAUGCUCACAUAGUGGAAUGGUCCCCAAGAGGAGAGAAAUAUGUAGUUGUCAUACUGAACAAAAUAGAUGUCUAUCGGCUUGACACUGCAUCCGUCAGUGGCACCAUCACAAACGAAAAGAGAGUAUCUUCUGUUACGUUUCUUUCAGAAUCUGUCCUUGCAGUGGCUGGAGAUGAAGAGGUUGUAAGAUUUUUUGACUGUGAUUCACUAAUGUGCCUCUCUGAAUUUAAAGCUCAUGAAAACAGGGUAAAAGACAUGUUCAGUUUUGAAACUCCAGAGCAUCAUAUUAUUGUUACAGCAUCGAGUGAUGGUUUCAUCAAAAUGUGGAAGCUCAAAGAGGACAAGGGGGUUUCCCCGUCUUUGCUGUGUGAAGUAAACACUAAUGCCAGGCUGACAUGUCUUGGAGUGUGGCUGGACAGAGUGACAGACACGAAAGAAAGCCUGCUUCCAGCUGUAGAACCACCUCCUGUAAGUAAACAAGAACAGUCCAAAAGGAAUAAAAAGAAAUCUGGCUGUGAAGUCCAGGAGGAAGAAAGGCAGCUAAAACCCGACACGAAGAAAUGCGGUUUAACUGGUGACAGUAAUAAGCCAACAAAAGGAAGCAGCCUGGUGUCAACCAAGAAGAGGAAAACAGUAGAAAUGUUAGAAAAAAAGAAGAGCAAAAAGAAGAAAAUAGGAAUGAUGCAGUGAAUCCCAGAUUUCUCCUAAGAGAAAAACUUUUUCAAAUGUACUUUUUUUUUGUUUUUUUUCUGAGUAAAAGCUAGGAAUUUCUUUUGAAGAAAAUGUACAGCUUAAAAAUCACUUUCAGGAUUUUGUUUUUUUAAACAGUGGUAAAACUUUUUGAUAGGCAAUAUUUUAUUAAUUAUAUAUCAUGGCAAUAUAUAGUACGUUAAUGUGUAAUAUAUAAUUUUUACUGUU